ACCCUGGUUCCAUUUUUUGCCGGGUGACGUCACGUAGCUACGUCCAUCUUCUAUACAGUUUGUGUGCAUGCUCUUCUUCACGGAGCUCCCGCGGCCUGCAAUGCAGGUCUCAACAGGCAGCAAGAUUCGGUAGAACACUGGCUCUCAAUCGAAGAUUUUCAUCGAUUCUAUGCAAAAUCAUCGGCUCAUUUGCACAUCAGGUACCGCUAGCUGGCAACACUCAUCGCCUCAACCGUAAGCAUGAGCCAAAAAUGAGGACUGGUUCGUUUGUUCGUACGACGACGUGUCUGGCGUUAUUGCUCCUGUUAAUACUAACGAGACAAAUAAAAGCUCUCCAGGUGAUUGGUGGAAAUGCAACCGUGGUUCAAGGAAGGGUUGCUGUCUUACCCUGCACACUUUUUGACACUGAAGAGACCCUCAGUCAGAUUUCGUGGCAGAGAAGGACCAGAGAAAAAAUCCGGACUGACAAUUUCUAUACUAUCCAAUCCUCAACUGGGCCACGCUAUGUCAAUGGAGACGAUGAUCGAUUUAAAUUCAUUGGAAGUUUUAGAGGAUGGAAUGGAACUCUUCUUCUUUCCGAUGUUCAACUGAAGGAUGAAGGGACCUACACAUGCAUCUUCACGUUGUUCCCCAGUGGCAGUCACAAGACGGAGAUACCUCUAACCGUACAUGUGCCUCCACUCACAAGCCUGGAGUACAAUAUUCCCACUGUGGGCAAUGACGAGGUGUCCCUUGCUACCUGCACUGCUGCAGGCUCCAGGCCUCCUGCAGAGGUGAGGUGGAUCACUGGUACUCUGGCAGAAGAACUGCGUACAACAACCAACUCUACCCAGCACAACAACGGUACGACUACGACCUUCAGCUCCCUGGUUGGAGUACCUACCACACGAAUCAACAAGCAGUCGGUCCAGUGCGUCAUCACCAGUGCAGCUUUGUCGAAAGAAGAAAGUCUGCCCUUCACCAUUCAGGUCCACUUCCCACCUGCAGAAGUAGACAUCGUGAAAACCUCCCACGGCUUGUUUGAAUGCAAGACUGAAGCCAACCCACCGGCAAAUUUUUCCUGGAAAAGAUCUGGUCAGUCUUUGUCUCAGUCUUCUGUCAGAGCAGACGGUGCAAAUCUACACUUCUUGAAACUGACCUCUGAUCUGAGUGACUUCUAUGAGUGUCAAGCAUCGAACCAAUAUGGAAGAAAAGAGCAAAAGCUUUAUUUUGAAGUUGUUGUGACACAAGGAUCCUUCACUGCUGUUUUGGUCCUCUUUAUUUUGUUGCUUCUCCUGAAUGUUGCUGCAGUGGGGCUCCUAUUUAAAUAUGGGCAUUUACAAAGAAUAAUGGGUGGCAUACGUGACAGUCCGCAGCGCCAAGCACCUACCACCUCACAUGAACCACCUCCGACAGACCAAGAACCGACAGAACAAGCACCGCUAGAAGUACCGCAAGAGGAUUCUCGAAUGUGAGAGCUGUUGAGGCAACAGGGCAGACGGCAGUUGGGACUCAACGGAACGGACGCAGGUGCUGUGAGUCCGUUCAAACGCCUGGCCUCAUUUCUUUUGUGGCUUCUGUCUGGCAGUUGAUAUGUGUAAUACAUGCCUGGCUGCUUGAUGCAACUCUCACCAAAUACGAAAGCAAAACCUUGUACUAAAACAGUGAUAAAUGAAGACUGCAGAAGUAUCAAACCAAACUGGAAGCGCAUAUCUCAACUGAAGAGGAAAGUUUGUCCAUAUCUGUCACCUGUGGUUUCCCCUUCUGGUUCCUUUUAACAUCAACAGAUUUAACGGCAGCCCUACACACAGCUUAAACUGCAGUAGAUUGGGAAGAACACAAGAGACAAAAUACUGUCAACGUUGGUCUUUUGAAAGGAGUAAUAAUUGUCACAUCAAAUGUCAAACACCAAAACACACAUGCAUACACUGUGUUAAUGCUUUUACUGUAAAUCAGCAUAUACAUACAACAUGUGUUCUGAUUUCCUGUAACUGCAUGCUUAUUAGUACGGACCCCAUGAAGGACAACGGCGGGAUUUUUUGAAGUUCAUAAGUUUACAGUGUUUUACGUAUAAGUUCCAAGUUUUCAGUUUCCUUGUAAUAUUUUUUUUUUUUUUUUAACAAGGAUCCAUGGGAACAGUGUUUGACAUUUGAUGGGCCCCUUUCAAAAGACCCACAGUGACAGUAUUUUGUCACUAUUUGUGAGUACAGCUGGGUCGUUCUACCUCAAUUCACCGUUUUUUUCUUUUUAAAAGUUCACACCUGUCCUUCUUCAAUUUGACUGAUUUCACCGGAGUCCUGAAAUUGUGCAGGCGUAUUGAUAUGUAAACAUGGUCCUUAGUGGUGUGAUCUUGCUUUGUUAGAAUAAUACAAACCAGUUACAGUUGUGCUCAUAAGUGUACAUACCCUGGCAGAAUUUGUGGGUUUCUUUUGGGAUUUUUCAGAGAAUAUGAAUGAUAAGAGAAAAACUUUUCUUUCACUCAUGGUUCGUGUUUGGAUGAAGCCAUUUAUGGUCAAACAACUGUGUUUACUCUUUUUAAAUCAUAAUGACAACAGUAACUCCCCAAAUGACCCUGAUCAAAAGUUUACAUACCCCCGUUCUUAAUACCGUGUGUAACAUCAAUGACAGCUUGAAAUCUUUUGUGCUAGUUGUGGAUGAGGCUCUUUGUUUUCUCAGAUGGUGAAGCCACCCUUUCUUCUUGGCAAAAAGCCUCCAGUUCCUGUAAAUUCCUGGGCUGUCUUGCAUAAACUGCAUAUUGAGGUCAGGAGACUGGGCUGGCCACUCCAGAACCUUCACUUUAUUCUGCUGGAGCCAGUGACAGGUCGACUUGGCCUUGUGUUUUGGAUUGUUGUCAUGUUGGAACGUCCAAGUACGUCCCAUGCGCAGCUUCCAGGCUGAUGAGUACAAAUUUUCCUGCAGUAUUUUCUGAUCACAUUCUGCAUUCAUCUUGCCAUCAAUUUUGUGGGGUUUUCUUUGCAUCCUGAACAAUCUUCCUGGCAGCUGUGGCUGAAAUUGCUGUUGAUCUACCUGACCGUGGUUUGGUUUCAACAGAGUCCCUAAUUUUUCACUUCUUAAUUAUAGUUUGAACACUGCUGAUUGGCAUUCUCAAUUCCUUGGAUAUCUAUUUAUAUCCCUUUCCUGUUUUAUACACUUCAAUUACCUUUUUCCACAGAUCCUUUGACGGUUAUUUUUGCUUUCCCCAUGACUCAGAGUCCAGAAACAUCACUUCUGUUGGCAUUAUGAUUUUAAAAGAGUAAACACAGUUGUUUGACAAUAAAUGACUUCGCCCAUCCACUAACCAUGAGUGAAAGACAAGUUUUUGUCUUACCAUUCACAUUCUAUUAAAAAUGGCCAAAAAAAUCACA